AUGGACUGCAAGAAUUCGUCAGGAUUGCCGGGGCCCAAAGAGGCUAUCAAGCCAAGGUAUCAGUGCAGAACGGUGGUCACUGCUGCUCUAUCAGUCCUCGCGGUGACGGCGCUCAUCAAAGGCAACUUCUUGCCGGCUCCGUGGUCUCUGCCCGGUCGUGGAAACACUUUCGAACAAAUCUAUGCUCCAGAAUGGACCUGGUCAAGCAUCAAGCCCAGUCGGACCCUUGAGUGGCACAGCUGCUUCGAGAACGGAGAGUAUGACUGCGCCAGACUAGACGUCCCUAUGGACUGGCAAGAACCAUCGGACGACCGUCGAGUUGUUCUCGCAAUCAGCAGAAUCCGUGCCGUAGACAAGUCUGACUAUAGAGGGCCGGUCAUCUUUAACCCCGGUGGUCCCGGUGGUUCCGGCGUCUGGUCACUGAAAGACCAUGGCAAGAUGUUGCAGGAGAUUGUGGGUGUAAACCACGAUAUCAUCAGCUUUGAUCCUAGAGGUGUUGGCGCGUCGGUUCCCAGAAUUCAGUGUUGGUCAACACCACAACAGAGCCAGAACUGGGGCCUACAAGACCCGGGGAUUCUCGACUCCCACGAAGGUAUCCUCGGCGAGCUGUUCGUCAGAGCGACGGCAUACUCGCAAGCAUGCGAAAGCGCCAUGAAAGCGUCCGGCAUCCUGCAACACUCUGGCACAACCCCGGCCGCCAGGGACAUGCUCGAGAUCGUGUACCAGACCGGGUACAGCAAGAUCAAGUACUGGGGCUUCAGCUACGGCACCAUCCUCGGCGGCGUCUUCGCAGCCAUGUACCCGGACAAGGUCGAGCGCCUCGUCAGCGACGGCAACGUCGACUACCGGGAAUGGUUCAACUCGGAACACGUCAACUUCAUCCGUGACACGGACAAGGUCCUGUUCGCCUUUUAUGAGUUUUGCUUCCAGGCCGGGCCUGAAAAAUGCGCCUUUCACGGUCCCACUUCGGAAGCCAUCAUGGGACGCUUUGUUGAACUGCUUUCCACCCUCAAGACGCAUCCAGUCAUCGUUCCGGCCGACCCAGAGAAUGGUCCCGAAGUGCCCAUGCUGGUCACCUACUCCAAGGUGAUGCGUCUUCUUUCGUCAACACUGUAUCAGCCGCUAGAGCAAUUCGAGAAUUUCGCCAACAUCAUUGCCGCGCUCGAGAAGAAGGAUGGGCGCCCUUACUACAAGCGAUAUAACCCGAGCAAACCGGCACCGGCUCCGGUCUGCGCAUCACAGCCAGUCUCACCGUUUGAGCCGCUUCCAGGCAUUAUUGAAGCCACCGGGGAUGCGUUCCCGGUCAUCAUGUGUGCCGAUCAUCCCGCGGUCAAUGACAUGACUCUCGAGGAGAUUCAGCGGGAGACAGAUGGCAUUCUCGAACUUAGCCCGGCGACUGGAGCUACAAGUGUGCCGUAUCAAAUGACAUGCAAUCAGCGAACUACACGUCCUCGGUGGCGUUUCAGUGGACCGUUCGAAGGCAAGACCAGCCACCCUAUCUUGUUCAUUGCCAACCAAGCCGACAACAUCACUCCGCUAGUCAGCGCUCGGAAUAAUUCUGCCGGGUUUCCUGGAUCAACAGUCCUGGUCCAAAACUCGUACGGCCAUACAACUCUCGCAGCCCCCUCGGAAUGUACUAGGGGGUACAUUAGGGCAUAUUUCCAAAACGGAACGCUGCCGGAGCCCGAUGCAAAGUGCGAGGGCGACUCACAUCCGUUUGGCCCCGUAGCUAAACCUGGAGUCCAGUUUUACCAACCUCCACUGUUUAUGUGA